GAAGACCGGCCACGACCUACGGAUGGCGUUUAGUUUUUAUUAUCCUUAUAGUUAUUCGCUAUCUCGCUCCCCCGUCGCCAGACACUUCCUACUACCGUAGACGUUACGCUUUUGCAUUCUAGUUCCGUAGCUUUGUUGAUAGUGUUUUCGAGCGUGGAGUGUUCCGACUUCCUAAUUGGUCUGUCCCUCCGUAGCAACUCCCGUAAUGCUUCUGUUUGCCUAGUUUCCCAUGUGGCACACGGUUCGAACGCCCCGAACGGCUUGCGAUCGUCCGCUCACCUGCAUUGUGCUGUGUUGUUCUAGUUCUCAAAAUACUAAAGACGGGGUUCUCCUAUUCGAAAGCGGAAAAAGAGGGCCACCUCCAUUAGGUGAUCAUGGGCUGCAUGAUCUUGAUCGUGUUUGUCUGUUUUUUUGCGAUCUCGCAACUCGUUUCAAUCACAGCCCCGAACGAAUACCACAUCCCGAAUGUGCUCGGUUCGAGUAAGGAAGGGCCGAUCCGUUCGGCCCCAGCGUACACAAUCACCGGCCGGCAGAAGCAGACUCUUCCUGAGUGCAUUGGGUUCCCCGGUCCCGGUCACUACGAUGCGAAAAUCGAUCCGCUGGUGAGACGGGCACCGAUGUUCUCGAUGGCCACCCGCUUCCGUCGGCCGACGGACGAAGCCCUCAAGCCGGGUCCGGCGGCACACUAUCCGGAAAAGAUCAACCUCGGGCAUGUACCGGCCUACAGCUUCGGUAUCAAGCACUCGGAGUACCUUGGGGACUUCCCGGAACCUCCUCGCUAUCGCAAUCAGCUGGCCAUCUAAGGCACCGGGUCUAUUGUCGAUGAUAAAAUCGCCGCUCUCCGAGGGUCGUCACAGGAUACGCUUUUUGUUAACGCCUGCGAACCGUUUUAAAUGCCUUUCUACGACAGAACUGAGUAACUCCACGCUGCCAGCAGAUCCGAAGCGCUAGGCCUAGGAAACCGUCCGAUGUGUAACUAACUAACUUUCCACGAAGAUGAACUCAAAA